CCUGGGAGGCGGGGCUUUGCGGCAGUUGGCUGACAGCUGGCGGGAGGGGCCCUGGUUACCGAAGGAAGGAACGCGGGCCCCGGGACCCCAUUGGCAGUUGUGAAGUGUUUGACCUUUGAGAGGUACUUGCUUAAUCACUCAACAAAUGUUGAGUGAUUUCUGCUUAAUACUAGAAACUGGGUGAUGCAGAGUGAGAGAACAGGAAGAAAAACAAAAUGAGGCAUCCAAAGCUAAGGGAACUUGCCGUGAUGGAGAGGUGGAUACAGAAACAACAAAGUACAGUAUGAAGAUAUAAUUAUUAUUGCUAUUUAAGAGAAUUGCUCUUAGAAGGGAAAGAAUCUUCUUUUGGUGACAACACAAAGUCUGUGAAAAUGCAGUGUGAUUGAAUAUAUGUUGAAAAAGGAAACCCUAUUGCCAGUUGUUUACCACUGAUCCGGCCGUUGGCUAGCAGAAGGAUGUGAGUUACCGAAAUGAACAGUGUAAACAUACGCAACUGAUCAUACUCACAACAGGAAGAAAAAUCAUGCAACUUACUGUUUGCUUAUAAAGAUGCUACAGGGAAUGCGUGGUUGCUGGAGGAGGUCAUGGAGAGGACGUGACCAAAGGGUGACCCGUGGGCUGGAGCUGGCUAAUGGGAGGCUCCUCAACCUCUCCUCUGUCUUGGGAAUGUUUGUUCUGCCUGCUGUGCAGGCAGUGGGAGCCAUUUUCAAGGAUGAAGCCUUGAGAGAGUAAGAUGUUGUUGGGACCAUCUGGACUGAAUACGUGACUGAACCCCCUUAAAACCUCUAUAUAAACUUUGGAGAUUCAGGCAGGUGCGUGCAGAGAUCUACUCAUCUUGCAGCGCCCAAGACAAGCCUCGCAGCUGGGAUGACGAGUUAGCUCAGAAGAGCAACCCUCGAGGGACUGUGAUGUAUCCAGCGGGUCUGAUUCACCCCCCACUGCUGGUCCAGGAGACAGCUUUCAUCUUCACCGUGUUCCUCAGCGUGAAUGCCACUGACAUGAGCCCCACAGGAAGUAUGACCUCAUUCUGCCUCUCAGCAGAACGGUUACUCAGGCUGUUUUUUAAAAGAAAACAAGAGCAGUUGUAGGCUGCCUUUCCCAAGAACUACGAGCUCUUCUAUUCUAGGAAACAGCCAAAAGAACAAGAGGCUGCCGAAGACAAAAUUUCUCUGCAACGGCCUGCACAGGGCAAUGUGUGCAGCCAUCUUUUAGGAGGAGGACAAGGUGGAUUUUCCUUUCUCAACAUCUGCACCUGUUGAUACGCUGAUGCUAUUUUCAGCCAAAGAACUGCUAAGUCCUGGAUUUCUCCUCUCUCAACCACAGGAAACUUCAUAUUUCAAGAUCUUCCAAGGAAUGCCAGAAAGUUCUCCUGAUUUUUCUUAAGGUCUCUGUAAGAAAAUCUGUGAAAUUUGAACAAGCAGCCUUCCCAAGAUGAACCGAAUAUCUCAACUGAUGUCAACACCAGUAGCAAAUUCUUCCCGGUCUGAGAAAGAAUACGCUGUAGAGCUGUCUCCCCCAUGCAUUUUCCCAAGUCCCUUUGACUGCUGCCCCAUAGAUCCCCUGACAGAUUCCCACCUUACCUGUCGCCGAAGUCCCAGACUCCUCACCAAUGGCUACUACAUCUGGACCGAAGACAGUUUUCUCUGCGACAAAGAUGGCAACACAACUCUGAGCCCCUCCCAGACCAGUGUCCUGUACAAGGAGAACUUAGUCAAAAUAUUUAGAAAGAAAAAGAGAAUCCGCCGUUCUUUUUCUUCUCUCUUCAACCUCAGUGCCUCUGAAUCUUGGCUGCAUGGAAACACCUUUGGUAAUGCUGACUCUUCCCCCAAUGAGGACGUCUGGUUGGAGGGGGUCAGGAGGCUGGAAACAAACCAUUGCAAUGAAAAUGGAGGUGGUUUGGACUGUUCACUGAUGGAUAACUGGGAGUCGGAGAAGCUAAAUGCAGAGUCUGUGAAAACCUCCUUUUCCAGCCAUGUCACCUCUCGGAGUCCUGGAGAAAACUCCCACAACCUGCCUCCUCGGUCCCAGUUCACAGCUUCUGAACCUUUCCAGGAAAACAUUUUGGAUCAUCCAAAAACCAGUUUGUUAGGAGAGGUCUCCUUUCAAGCAACUCUGUUUGCUGCAUGCUUAAUUAUCUCUGCCUGUGCAAGAUGGUUUCUGGGAGGAAUCAUAGCCAGUGUCUUCACAUGCUCCUUGGUGAUAACCAUUGCUUAUGUCGUCAAGUCAUUUCUUCUCAGCCUUGCCAACUCUUUCAAAGCCACCACCUGCACUUGGUUUUGCCAAAAUUUGACAACCAUUCAGGAGAGCCUCUGAUGAAUGUCUUCAAUCUGAAUAUCCAGAAAUUGUCCCAUUUGUAGUCUGCUUGGAAUCAACUGUUUUAUUGGAAAGAGUGAACAAGUGGAUAACUGAGAAAAAAGAACAUUUUAAUUUGGUUAUGUGGUUUAAAAAAAAAUCUCAGUUUUGGCCUCACAAUGAUAAUAUGCUCAUGAAAAUAAUAUUAAUUUGUCUUUCCUCUGCAAACACAAGCAGUUGCAAGGAAAGGACUGGGAAACGUGACAGAGAACAAACCACCUGGAUGAGUGUUCUCUUAUUAUACCUUAAGGCAGUGGUUCUCAAACAUUAAUUUUCUUUAGAGAAUUCUAUGAGGAGCUUAUAACAAUGCAGAUUCCUGGGCCUGCCUGCCUGUACCUAUCCCUUGCUGAACCGCUGCAGUUGAACAAAGAAAGGGAAUUCACAUAAUCAGCACCAACUUGAAAGUAAAUAAAUGCGGUUUGUACAUAAACUAUAAUGUAGAAAAAGUUUUCAGUUCUUCCCAAGGAAUGGCCUAAUAGAAGGUGGUGACAGUAGAUAAUGGUUGAUGGAAAACAGGCAGGAGAGAGCCAUUUUUCAGAAAGUUCUUCUUUCUAACCAGUUUCUUUACCAAGUUUUCAAUCAUCUUGGCACUCAUGAUUACCUUUCACUCAAACUUCAAUUCAAAUAAAGAUAUAACACACAAAAAAUACCUCAGGGGCAAAAUAAAGGCAAAACACCGCAGUGCUUUGAAAUACACAAAAAUUGCACAGUUGCACUGAGGGAUUACAGGAGAUGCUCCUCUCCAUCCCUCUUGCUUGGUGUAUGUUCCCAAAUGUGGCCUGCGGUUCAAAUUUGUUUUGCAUGACAUUCUCUGGCUGGAGAAUUGUGUGGAGAAAAUUGUCUUUGCUUAAAAUGGUAAUGUCAAAAUAUCACUUUUUAUAUCAAUUGUACUUAGUGCCUUUUUGGUUGAAAAAGUUUUAUAGUAAUAAAUGGAGUCAUCAAUGA